CAACGGUGGAAUCGGCCCUAAGUCCUUUUAACCUGUCAGAUUAAAACAAGAAAACCGACAAUUCCGAAGCAGAAGCGGAUGAUUAAAACGCACCUAUUAAAAAUAUUGCGCCAAGAUGUAGGCAACACGUAAUAAGGGUUCAAAAUGGCGGAGUUUUCUAUCUCCUUUUAAAAGGCACUCAGAAAGCUGCGCAGUGCGACCAUUCUCCGUAUAGUAAAAGAAAAUCAAAGUAUGUGUGUUUGAUAGUCGGCGGUUCUUCUUCUUUUCAAUUUUUGAAGGCCUCAGCUGCCAGGGCUAUUCUGCCUGAAUAUCGGCGGUUGUCAUAUAUUGUAUUGGUUAUUAUUUGAUUCUGUAUGCGCCAGGGAUACAAAUCCGAGUUGCGCAGUGUAUAAAUUAGAACAUUGAGAUCAAAAGUGCCGACGCAGAGUGAGCGAACUGAUUCUUUAGCUAUAAACUGUGUUUAUACCAUUGACGUUUUGUUAUUAUUGAAUGCCAAGUCACUGAAGCUUAAUUAAUUCAAACAGUGAUUAAUCAUAUUGUGUUUUAGUAGUUUUUAAAGCGGGUAUUUUAUAACUAGUAUACCAGACACAUUAAUUUCUUUAAAAAUGAGCAAUAAUGAUGAAGAUAGUGAAGCUAUUGAAGAAAAUAAUCCAACUCAAAAACCGUCUACUGGAGUUGUAUCUAAAAGUACAGUACUCAGAGAGCGUCAUAAAAUGCAGACUACGAAAAAACUUGUCGAAACCAUGAGAAAUGCUUUACCUGUUUACACUUUAGAGCAAAUUCGUGAAUUCAGAUUACCAUACCAUGAAGCACUAACUAUUAAUCUGCAAGAAAAAGGUUUCGUCAGUACAGCUUCAUAUAUUAACGAGCUCAUAAUAUUUCAAGAUGAAAUGAGGAAGGACGCCCCACCAGGAAGCAGCAUAGCCAUGAGACCUCAGCUUAAAUAUUCUAGAGAAGAAAUCGUACAUCUCGCUGACAGACUUAAAAUGGCCGAAAUUUAUCACAACGAGAAUAAUAUAGAAAAUGAAUGCGAAGAAUUUCUAAAAUUAGGAAUUCAUUUUGCAUUCAUUAGUUCAGAUUGGUGGUGGCUAGGGGAACAAAUACUAAUACAAGGUAUUAAAGUUUCAUCGGAAUAUACCGCGUUAGAAGGUAAAUACGAAGCCUUGACCAGAUACGCGUAUGCUAGGUUUCUAUUAGAAAACGUAAAAGAAUUCGAAAAAGCCGCAGCUCAAUUACAGAUUACAAGUGUACUGUGCGAUCGAAAAGGUUGGACCAGUGUAAGCUAUUUCCCUGAAGUUAGAGGCACUCUCUACAUGCAAACCAAUCGAGAGCUCGCUGAUUGCAUGAUUCGAGACGUACAAAGUACGAUGCGAACCGAUCCUAAAAAAGCAAUUAGAAUGUCUGUGAAAGCAAGACAUAUAGCAGGCCAAGGCUGCCACUUUAACGGUGAAUGCAAAGCACUGGUGUUAAAAGGUUUGUCUGAAAUGGCUAUUUUAGAUACGAAAACUGCUGUAAAUUCUUUAUUGAAUGCAUUCAUCAUUCAACAAAAAUUUGGAUCAGUUGAAGGAUUAUGCGAAGUCAGAAUACACUUGGCGAAAGCAUAUUUAUUAGACAAUUGUGCAAACGCAUCGUUAAAAGUGUUAAUGGAUCUUAAAAGUGACGCUGAAGAAUUCGAUUUGCCUUUUUUCUUGGGACAAGCUUACAAACAUCUAGGAGACUAUUAUUUAUCGUGUGCAUCUCCCAGCAUGGCUAACCCAGUUCUGAAAGAAGCAUUACGAAUUUUCAAAGAAUGUAACGUCGAUUCGGAGGAAAUCGCAAACGUUCGUAACUUAGAAGCAAUAUCCGCCGGACUACAAUUAUUUCCAACGUACAUAGAAAUACUCAACGAUUCCGGCACCGAAGACCGUUAUUCAUUCAACAAUCUCAUGAAAAUAGUCGAUUGGAAAGACCAAAGAACUGAAUUCUGGGAAAAUACACAUGAUUUACGUAAAGCGGAAUCUCUUACGGACGUUGUUAAAAAGAGUUUGAUGAAAGUUCAUGAAAGCAGAGCCGAAUUUCUAGAUGAAAAGUUUGAAUCGUUGUUUGCGUUGAUGAUGUUGAAAAGAAGCGAACUAGAAGUUGAAAAAGAGAAAGAUAAAGAUUAUUUGGAUCUGGAACAGCAGGAUGCACUAGAAUUGGACGACGAACAGAGCGAAAAAAUACGGACGCAUAAAGUUAAAUUGAAAGAAGACGAAUUUAAAUCAAAACGUGAAAAAAUGGUUGAAUUAUUUGCGCAUCCGGAUAAUAUGCAAUCGCAUGCAACGAUAUUGGAUGAUGAAGAUUGAUGAUGUUAAAUUCCCUAUAGUGACGAUCAAAUAUUAUAAAAAAUCUAUUGUUUUACAUAAUUAAAAAUAUUUUUAAUUGCUACUUUAAUUAUUCCAG